AUGGCCUUGGCUGAUUUUCACUACACCACUGGCAUCAGCAGCGGAUUCAAGGUCUACAUCUUGGAAGGCCAACCUUCUUUUGAGAACGAGCAGAGGUUCCGCCACCUCCCGGCCCAUCGGUUGCCCGUCUAUGCCAUCAGACGCAAGCUCAGCGUGGACGUCAGAAGCCAUGGCCCAAGUUCGGAGGGGCAAAAGGUGCCGAAAGUCCGGCGGUCAGCACGUGGACCUGCAGCUGGCUCCCGGGAGCCGAUGGCACCACGAGCUUCCCAAGACCCCGUUGCUGUGCCCUGUGUCACCACAUCCAGAGCUGAGCCUUGUGGGGCUUCUCAGGCCCUUCACCCAUCCUGCCCACACAAGUGCCCCCUGAGGAAUCCCCUGCUGGAUCCAGCCCUCACCGUGUCCCAGCUGCAGCAGAUGCGCCCUUCGGUAAUCACCUGCGCCCCCCGCCGGAGCUGCCCAGAGACACCGACAAGCACCAGCCCCCAGAUCCACCCACCAAAGCACAGGAGAGAUGUGAGCCCCGAUGCUCCCCAGGCACAGAGGCUCCAUGCGUGGACCAGUGGCUCAGCAGGGCCCUCAGCACCAUUCAGCAGUGAAGCCUCUCCCAAGCAGAGAAUCCAGGGGGCAGACAAGGAUCCCUGCCCUAGCCCUUGAUGGUCUUUCACCUUGACCCGGGAGAGCAUGUCACCAAUCCUUCCUAGGGCUGGAUCCAGAAGUCCUGACUGCCCUCCCCAUUUUCUGUCCUGGUAUCUGCUUUCCUCCUCCUGGCUUAGUGCCCUCCUGCACCAGCUCCAGGGACUGGAAGGCUCUCGGGCCAGACGCCCUCCAUGGGCCCCCUCCCUCAGAGAGUCUAUCUUCUCACCAGCAUUGUCAUGAGCUGCAGCUGCUGCUCCAC